AUGUUAACAGAGUUUCAAUUAAGUUUUUAUAAAAGAAUCAAUGUUGAACCAAUAUUAAAUCUCAAAUUCGAGGAUUUGUUUUUAAUUUUGGAUGCUUGUUGCUCUACCUUUUCUUUUGAAAAUUUAGAUGUUAUUCAAGAUGAUAUUAAAGAGGUUACAAAAGAAACAAUUUAUAACCAGAUAGUACUAAAUGAAAAUGGGGGUUUAUGUUUUAAAUUAAACGGUUUAAUAUAUUAUUUUCUUCAAGAAAGUGGCUUUAAAGAUAUUUCUUUGGUUACAGGAGUAGUUGUUAGUGGACCAAACCCAAAUAGAGCCGCGGGUGCACAUGUUGCUAUUAUAUUAGUUAAUGAAAAUAAAAAAUACUAUAUUGAUAUAGGUUUUGGCGGGUUUACACCUAUUUUACCUAUACAAAUAGAUGAAGUGGAAGAAAUAACCAAAAGCAAAAAUGGUUUGUUUAGAAUUGUUAAGGAGGAAAACGAGGCAAUUAAUUAUUUAGGAAAAAAACAAUAUUAUACUCACAAGAUGCAAUUCAAAAAAGAAGAUGAUUAUAUUGAUGAAAAUUUAAAGCAAUGGAUUUCAACUUUUUUUUUCAAUUUAGAACCACUUCAAGAGAGUUAUUUAAAUACAUCCCAAAAAAUUAUGAUAAUUGAAAAAAUAGAUUUGGCUAUUGGUCCAAUGGUUUUUAAAUUUAUAGAUGGCGGUGUUGCAACUCUAACCAGAAACUACCUUACAAUUACAACUAAUAAUGGAAAAAAAACUAAAAACCCAAUACACUCAAAUGAUCACUUUAACGAAAUUUUAAAAAGUAUUUUUAAUAUUAAUAACCAACUAAUAUUCUCAAAUAAAAAUAAAAAUGUUGAAUGGGAUUAA